AUGGACCCAUCACCACAGGCGGGCUCGAGCAGUGUCACUGUCGAAUAUACCGAUCCCUCCGGACUGUUCUCUCUCGUCCAGCCUGUCAUCGCCGACAAGUUCCCGCUCAAGAACCUCCACUGGAAAUCCCCCACGCGCCCCGUCCGGUCGAUCGAAUCCCUUCGCAUUGGCUUCGUGCCAGCCGCCAAUGAAGCCGAUGAGCGCAAGUCCUCCAGUGACACCACCAGAGGCGCCGUAACGCACCGGCGACACCAAAUCCCUGGCCUGCGCCAAACGCCCUACCUGAAAAUCUUCCUCCUUCGCUGCGACGAUAAUGACACCUACAAGAGUACCGCGAGGAAGGCCCUGCGCGAAUGGAUCAAGAACCAUGCAUCAAUGUCGCAUUCCUCCGUUCCGUCCAGCAGUCAGGAGAAACACGAUGCCUUUGAAUGGCUGAUUCUGCAUGUUGUUCAGGACGGCGACGGCACGGAGAAGGCAGCCUCGUCCUCGAAAUGGGGCCGCACUACGACAACAGUACUCGAGAAGAUCAAGGCAGAUUUCAACGGCGCCUCGAAGACGGCGGUGGACCGUGUCGCUCAGCUGCGAUUACCCAAGGCCGGAAGUCCGCAAAAGCCGCCCGAGUUUGCUGAUCAGAUCGAGGACUUCGUGGACAAAACCAAGAAUGCGAUCUUGACGUCUUUCAAUCUCCGAGUGGCACAAUACGAGGAGGACAUCAAGGAGAAAGACUCUCAGCGGAGCUUGCCGGGAUGGAACUUCUGUACGUUCUUCAUACUGAAGGAAGGGCUGGCUAGGGGCUUUGAGAAUGUCGGAUUGUUCGAGGAUGCGUUACUCGGAUACGAUGAAUUAGCGGUCGGUCUGGAUACCGCAAUCAAUGAGCAGCUCGAGGGUAGCAGCGAACAGCAUGGCAGCGCUUUCUUGAUGUGCAGCAAGGAUUGGCAGGAGAAGGCCAAGGCAGCUCUGGAGUCCAAGGAAUCAUUCCAUCAGGAUGAGAAUGAAGACGAACCAGUCCCGAUUCCCGACCUCAACGCCCAGGAUUUCCCCAUUGAUUCCAACAAGAAGUCCUAUCGAGAGAAGAUCCUGGCCAGCGAUAUCUCCAUUUUCGAUUUCCGCACAUACCUCUACUCCAGGCAGGUAACACUGCUUCUGAGGGCGGCCAGGGCUCCUUCUCUGGUGAACAGCGAGCCGGAUGUCAAUGAAAAGCCGGCUAAGGCACCGAAGAAACCGGAGGACAUGCUGCUCUUAUCCGAGAUCUGCGAGCGAUCUACGGAAUUUAUCAGUCUCGCGGCGCGAACCCUUCGGUACGACCUGGAGACUGGACUCGCUGAUGUGGACAAUGUCGCUAAAGUGGAUGUAAUCAACAACCUGGUCUCAUCAUGGGUCUAUGCUGCUGCGCAGCAAAUCCUAUCCCAGACAUACACUGCAGCCCUUGUGCUUCCCGAAUCCUCUUUGCACACCAUCAGUAAAGCGGUGGACGGCAGCGCAUCUGCGGAGACCAAGGCCGACCUCCCUAGACGGUCGAGCUCUUUAGUGACGCCAAAUGCAACACGCCCUGCUCGAUCGAACACGGAAAGUGGCCCGCCAGAUGCUAUAAUGUCUGUCCACUCGCGCUCUAGUAACGAUGCACCGAAACUCGCUCCGCCGAUAACCCCUAGAACAGGAUCCGAGCAGCUGGCAUCCGGACGAGGGGAGCUAUGCUUGAUGGCUCGGCGCGAGUUGGAGGAGAUUGCCACGCGAUGCGGGUGGGAGGAAAAAUGGAAAAAACUCGACCUUCUCUUCGACGAUAAAGACACGAAUUCGGAUAUGGACGAGGUGUCACUAGAUGACGAGACUCCGAAGCCGGCUGAAGAAUCGCAACCUGCUCGCACGCUUUCUGGCGUCGAUCUACCCAGUUUGACUGCCUCUCUUCGGUCGAGAAAGUCAUUCCGUCACCACUACGAGACCCUUACUGAUUCCAUGUAUCGGCAUCAUAUCACGGCGAACCGCUCCUACUCGGCACAGAUGGCCCUUGCCGACAUGGCUCUCUUGCGAUUCCGCCAGAGUGAUUACGGCGUUGCGGCCUCUUAUUUCCACCAGAUCACCCCAUUCUAUGGCAGCAAACGCUGGAUCGUCCUGGAGGGGGUCAUGCUGGAGCUUUAUGCGCGAUGCCUCCGCGAGCUGAAACGGACAGAGGAGUACACCCGGGUGAUUCUUCGUCUCCUGGCGAAAUUCGGGAUCUAUACACAGUCGUACUUAAGCCCCCGGCAAAAGACACUGGAUGCUUCAGCGAUAUUUGCCGAGAAAACGUUGGCGUCUCAGUACGUCGAUGAGCUGUUUGAGGUGGCUAGCACGCUACAGAAGGAGGUUACCGCUCCACUGACAGAUUUCUUCGCGGAUCUAGAGGUGAACCCGGCUAUCCUACAUUAUGAAGACAAAGAUGGGUUCCGGUUGCGGCUCGGUAUACGAUUCAUGUUGGGCAAACGGAUCAACAUCGAUUCAAUGAAGAUUCGACUGGUCAGUGGCGGUAGUGGUCAGAUCAGCGAGCAUUGGAUCGAGGCGCCGACUAAGACUACCAUCAAGUCGUCCCCGACGAAGAUCCUAGUCGACUCCACGACUACGCUACAAGGGAAGUACUUUGUUGACCGGGUCGAAGUGCGAGCGCGCAACAUCCUAUUCACCUGGGGAGGAGGGAAGCACGCGGCUCUUCCCAUUGGAUUCAGGGAAGCUGUCGACGCCGAAGAAGACCGACCCUCCAUCUUCUGCUACCCACCACCUCGGGGACUUCAGGCCAAGAUCGAGUCACCCCAUCUAAUCAACCUAGAGGAAAUGCGAACGCUCGAGCUGGUACUGAACAGCGGGUGGAACGACAUCAAGACGGGCAACAUCCGCGUGCGGCCUGCCACGGCCGGCUUACGAUUGCGCAUCACCGAAGCCCAGGUGGUGGAAGGCGAAAUCAAGAUCCUGGCCAACAGCGAGGGCGGCAGUAUUGAGUUCACCAAUCUGGCGCCGGACUCGUUCGUUCGGUUCCGGAUUCCGUACACCGUUGAGGAGCAUCACACGAUCCUCUCGGCUCGUGCGGAAGUGGGCUACGAGACUGCGCGGGGGCGGUUCUCUUACUGCUCGACUCACAACGUCAACUCGGGCCUUCCGAUCAGCGUCAACGUGCAGGACACAUUCAAAGACCGGGUGCUGUUCUCUCGCUUCACCGUCAGCCCGGCCAUGAUGAUCCCGCUGCGAAUCCUGAAGUGCGACAUCCCCAGCUCGGACAUCUACCAGGUGCAGUCCAACAUCGGCGAUUCGACGGCGCUCAGCGUGUUCCCCAAACAGCCUGCCUCGCUGCUGUACAAGAUCCAGCAGCGGGAAGACAGCGUGCAGUCGCCGGGGUCGCGAAAGUCUCUCCGGCUCAGCGUGGAUUUCACCUGCGUGGAUGACGAGUGUCUGACCGCCAUUGAGGAAACCUUCCGAGGGAGUAUUACGGAGAGCAAGUUCCGACCGUACACGGCGCUGCUGCUGACGCAUCUGCUCGAGGCGUUCCGCACGCAGCUGUCGACGUCAGAGAUGGAGGUCGUCGGACUGGUGCGCGAGGUGGAAACGUUGCCUUAUGGCAGCGUGCGAUGGGAAGGGUUGCUGGAUACGCUGAAGGAGCCGAUGGAGGAAUUGAAAGCAUGGCUCCGAGAAUGGCACCAGAACCACCCCACGAUCAGCCUCCCCGACCAACCGUCCAUUCCACGCCGCCAUAUUGUCAUCCCCGUGGACAUCCCCGAGAUUCAGGUCGUGCACACGGCGGAGUUACGACUCACGAACCUAGUCGAUCAGCCACCACAUGCGGCCGUGGGGCAGAUGAUCGCCGCGGAGCUCAGCCUACGACAUACCCGACGAUGGUGCUCCCCGCAGCAUCGCGAGAACGAAGGCGGUCCGCUGGAAUUCUCGUACGAGAUCCACGCCAACCCGGAUCUCUGGCUCGUGGGUGGCCGACGACGCGGCAACUUCACGGCCGACGAGGGCGAGACGUCGACGUUCGCCGUGAUGCUCCUGCCCCAGAAACCGGGCCACCUGCUUCUCCCGGGCGUGGAGAUCCGCACGUACGUUCCGGCCGCGAGUACGAGCGCGCCAGCCACCACCACUACUAAUCAACCAGGCGGUGGUGGCGCCGCAGCAUCAGCCGCCGCAGGAAUCAGCGGACCGCUGGGCUUGCAGCGGAGGCAGAUCGCUUGCGAGGUGGACUAUCGCAAUCACGGCGAGACGGUGCAGGUGCUACCAGAUCUGCGGUCGACGACGGUGAGCCUGAGUCUGUCGGGCGGGAGUCACGGGGGAGCGUGGCUGAUCGAUUCGGAGCGACGAGUGCAUGUAUAG